AUGGGUGUCGACGAGUUCGGAAAAGCCGUGUCGCCGCCCCUCCCACCUCCACCCUGCGCGAUAGAGACGCAACCUCGGCGUGACGUCGACGACGCCGUCACCCCCCUCCCCCGCCUCCCUCUGAAGAGCAACUCGUCCAACGUGACCCAAGGUCAGACCGGCCGCCGGCCGCAUCAUCGCCUCGCUUGCCCAGCCAUGGACGAGAAUAUCGGACUGCCCCACGAGGGCGUCCAUGCCUCUCUUCCUCCGUCCGCCACCUCCCACCUCAUGACGGGGUUUGCCGUCUACGAACCCAUCUCGCGAGCGACCUCGCCCGGCCUCUCGUUUCCCAAGCUGGACGAGGACGACAAGAAGCGAUAUCGCCCGAGAACGUUCGCCUACUUCGCCCAGCUACCCUUCGAGGUCGAGGAGGAGGCCCAGCGAGAUGCCGCCCUGCAGGGCAUCCUCAAGCAGCUCUACGUCUCCCUCCGGGCCGAAGACUUCCUCCCCGGCGCCAUGUACUGGACCCGAGAGCUUCAGGCGUGGCUGAACCUCAAGUUUGAGAUGACGCGCGAGCAGAGGGCGAGCCUCACGAGGCUGUACUACGCGCUCUGCCUCUCCCCCGGCCUCGACGGCAUGGUGGCCGACCGCUUCCUGCGCAUGGUCUUGAUCUUCACGAGGAAGACGCACUACCUGAAGCCCGGCGAGGAUCUGACGCUCGACUGGAGACCCCUGUGGAAGGAGGUCAAGGCGUGGGUGCUUCCCUCCGAAGGCCCGUCGUACCAGAGCACCCGCCGGCGAUCGGCGAAGCAGCUCCUCAAGCUGUGCACCCACGCCCACACGUACUUUGACCCCAAGGACCGUCCCGCCAUCCUCGACGAGUUCUUGCCCUUCUUCGGCGUCAACGAACUGCCCAACGCCUUCGUCGUCAUCGGCGCCCUCACCGCCCUGCUGCCGAGCCGGCCGGCGCCCGCGAGCGAGCCGUUGGCCCAGCCGCAGCAUUUCUUCCCCACGCUGUUCCAUCUUUGGGCCAUCAUGAAUCGAUCUAAGGUGGUCGACAUCAUGUACAUGGACCUGUUCUCUCGCCUGACGAGGGAUCACCUCCAAGCCGAGCACGUUCCCUUUUCCCAGUACGGCAUCUUCACCAAGGAGCAGUCGGACCUCAUCUUCACCGCCAUGCUACGCCUCACGCAAAUUCCUGUCGGUCAGGCCAACUCGCCCUACACACCCGUCGAUUACUUGUCGGGCACCGGCGCCUACCUGGAAAAGGACAAGAAAAAGUACCCCGUCGCCUACAUGAUGGCCCGCCUCGUCACGAGCUGCCUUUCUCCGAGCUGCCUCGAGGGCGACGAGUCCAUCAUGGCGAGCCUCGAGGGCUUGAUGCAGUCCGUCGAGACCUUCUUCCACCCGUCCAACCAGGGGGGUUGGACCAACAUGCUGGGCCAGUUCGUCCUCUGCCUCACCGACUGCUUCGUCUCUCGCUGGAACCGCGAGCAGAGCGGAGAGCUCGAGACUCCACCGGCCCGAAGGAUCAACGCGGCGCUGAGGAAACGCUUCGUCCUCUCCCUGAGGGACGUCACCUUCAUGGGCCUGUUCUCCAAGAGCACGCGCGUCUCCCACUACUUCUACACCGCCCUGCAGGGGCUGUCCUACCUCGAGCCCGACCUGAUGCUCCCGGGAGCCCUUCAGCGCUUCUACCCCAGCCUUCAGGGCCUCGUCGAGGUGCAUCGGACGACGGCGAGCCUGCACAGCCUGCGGAUGAUUGCCAACAUCCUGUGCAAGCUCAAGGGCUACCGGUGCCACAUCACCGCCCUCCUGGCCCUCGCCCUCCCCGGCAUCGACGCCAACGACCUCCACAAGACGCAGUACACGCUCAACUUCAUCCAGAGCGUCGCCUACAGCAUUCCCUUCGUGCCCCUGACGACCGAGGACAGCCACAUCCACGACACGUCCCUUGCCAUGCAGUGGGUGCAGGCCGAGAUGGACCGGAUGGAGCGCGACGGCCAGAACGUCGAAAUCGACUACGCCAGCUCGCUCACCGACGAGGACGAGGCGCAGAUCCUACGCUCCUCCACCGCCGGGCUCGGAGAGUUCGUCCUGACGCUGCUGGGAAAGAUCUUCACGCUGCUGGAAAAUCUGCCGGAUGCGAACCAGGCUCGCGGAGGGACGCCGGAAGAUAACGUCAUCAAUGCCUUGCCGACGACCCUCUCCCCUCUGUUCGCCUCCCUGUCGCCCGAGCUGUUCGACAUGGCCCUGGACAAGAUUGCGACCUUUGUCUCGAGUCAUGUUGUCCAUCAGGCUCGCGAUGCCAUGGCCUGGAUCCUCAACGCUCUGUGCAAGGUCAAUCCGGAAAAGACGCUCAAGGUGUUCAUCCCCAUGCUGGUCGUCAACAUCCGAAACGAGAUCGACUACAAUCACGCAGCCUCGGACCGCACCUCCGGCACCGAAUACCUGCCGCGCGACAGGGCCUUGGUCUGGCACGUGAGCAUGCUCGCCAUGGCCGUCGUCUACGUCGGAAAGGAGGUGCUCAAGUACAAGGCCGAGCUGCUCGGCAUCGCCGAGUACAUGCAGGAGAAGUGCCGUGGUCUGCCGACGAUUCUCGUCUCCAACUACGUUCACCACCUCCUCCUCAACCUGACCAACACCUAUCCGAUCGAUCAUGCCCUCUACGAACCGGCCGUCAUCAAGAAGGGCAUCGAUGUCGGCGAGUGGGGCAAGACAACUUCGCCGGCCGAUCUCACCAUCAGAUGGCACCAACCGUCGCCGCCUGAAGUCGAGUUUGCCGUCGAGCUGUUUGCCUCGCAGGUGACGUCUGCCGCCCAGCAGCUGCAGCUUCUCCUGAGUGACGACCCCCCCGUGAGCAGGGUGGGGAAGAACAAGGCCUGGUCGGACGAGGUCGCCAGGCUUAUGCAGCAGAUUCGACUUGUCAUCGCAGGCAUGGCCACCAUGUUUGACCCUCGACGCGCCUCCGGCAACGGCAAGACCGACGAGGGAGAUGAUGAUGCCGUCGACGCCGAGGCCGCGGCCGCGGCCGACGACGACGACGACGACGACGACGACAUGGCCGGCGACGACGACGAUGAGGAAUUUCGACCUCAAUUCCGCUACAAGGCGGGCUAUUUCCUCGAUGCCGAAGAUCCAAUCUACGUUCGCAUCCACGAGCUACGCGACGAGCUCGGCUACCUGCUGACGAAAACGCACUCCUUCCUCAACGAAAAGCAAGAAGACGAUGUCAGCUGCUUCACCGCCUUGUGCUCGGCGUACCGGACCUGGAUCACGGAUGUGGGCAUCGAACGGUCUGUCCACCCGCUCGAGAGGCACCUGAGACUGUACAAGGCCGACAUAGCUGCCUUUAAGAUCAGGGGUCUUCGAAAAGUCUAUCCGCGGCCGUUGCUGAUCAAGCGGGCCGAGGCCUAUCACAUUCUUCGUCUGAAGCACAACGCCGCGGCGAGACACAAGAGCGAGCUGGACAAGCGGCUCAUGCUGGACUUGGCGCACUCGUGCCUGUCCCUGUACGCGGACGUCCGCAGGGUCGCGCAGAGCGCGCAGGACUCCUCUCUGAAGGCGCUCAUCGGCUGCAAGCCCAUCGUCAUGCCCGUCGUCCUCGACGGCCUUCAAACUGCCAUCCAGGCCAACGACCAUGACAGGAUCAAGGGCGGCAUGUACACGCUGCUGUUCACCUCGCUGCUUAGGACGGCGCUGAAGGACUGGAGAUUCGCACCCCAGGCUAUGCGCCUGUACGUGGAGACGGCCGGCAUCGACAAGCCAUCGAUUCAGGCGCUCGGCACGACGGCGCUCUACACGAUGCUCGAGUUUGGCAAGCCCCUCGACCGGGCCAUCCUCCGCUUCGACGCGUUGAUCGAUGGCAUCAAGCCGGCCGACGAUGUGUCGGACAUGAUCCAAAAGAAACACCAGCUUGUCCUGCGGCGGCGCAAGCGAGUCGAGGCGGCCAAGGCGGCCUUGGGUCUGGAGCUCACCAAGCUCGCGCAGGGCGCUCAUUGGAAGAUCGCGACGCGGUGCGCGCUGUUUUCCAUGAACCUGUGCCUCCGGUUCGACACCAUCGCGCCCAAGGAGUUUAUCGACCUCGUCGCCCACGGCGCCAUCGACCCCCACCCCGGACUCCGAGGCUACUACUUGAACUCGUUCUCGUUGGUGUUCUCCGCCAUCGACAUGCGCGCUAUGUACGGGCAUGACUACACCAACUAUCUCCUGGAGAAGGAGACGUGCGACAGAAACAAGUUGGAGAUUCCCGUGGAGAAGGGCGAUGGCGAGUUCACGAACAAGUUCCUCGACUCCUUCCACGACCACGAAAACGCCGAGUACCUGGUCGACUUUGACUAUCCCGGAUGGCUCGUCUGGGGCAAGAAGUUCACGGCGUUCCGGGCGCGACCGCAGCGGUUCGAGGACUACGACGAGGUCGAGACGGCCGUUCGGGAGCAGAUUGGCAAAAUCGUCACGAGGGACUGGAUUUCGCAGUGCUUCGAAUACUUCAAGCAGGAGCCGCGGGACCAGUCGACGGAUAGAUUCCGGAUGAGCAACUUCCACAUUUUGAUGCACGUCUUCGAUCUGAUGUACUACGGGAAGACGUCGGCGACGUUGGACGACGUCAAGGAGCUAACAACAGAGCUUUUCGGCGACGGAAGCGACAAGCACCAGCACCGAGCGACGUCGGAGAUUCUGGCGGCCAUGAUGGCGGGAAGCAGCGACGACCCGCCCGAGCUGCGCGAUCCCGUCUGGGCCUUUGCGGCGCCCAUGAUGCUCGACAUCAUCUCCGACGGCCUGACGCCCGAGAACUUGCAAUACUGGCUCACAUGCCUGCACGUGAUCCUCGACGGCAAGGAUCCUCGGCGCUCGCACGAGAUUGUCGACCGUCUCAAGACGUUCAGGCUCGACGUGUCGUCGAACGCGGCGUUCAAGGAAUCGUCAAUGGUGCAGCUUAUGGAGUUCAUCGUCGCCGACGGCGGCUGGCACUUCCGCGACACGAAGCCCAUCCUCGAGCAUUUCGUGGCGCACAUUGACCACCCGUACAAGGCGGUGCGCGAGGCCAUCGGCCGGCUGCUCUCGGCCGUGGAGAAGACGCGGUACCACGAAUCGUUUGAGAGCGUGGCGAAGCUCCUCGAGGAGAACAAGCAGGCGUCGUCGAUCGGCAUCCGGCCGUACCGGCCGUCGGAGGAGCUCUCGGCGACGAUCAAGGGCGUCUUCGAACGGCUCGAGAAGUGGCGGCACGAGCGGACACCGGGGCAGCAGACGCAGUCCUCGUACACGUCGGGAGCUAAGACGGUGCUGAUGUGGCUCGACUGCACGCUCUCGUCGCACGAGUGCACCGAGCUGGCGCCCUUCUUCGCCAGCCCGUUCAUGGAGCAGCUGCUGCACAUGAUGGACGUCAAGGAAGACGCCGAGCUCAUGCAGCUCGCCUACCACGUGUACCGACACCUGCCUAACAUCCCCCUCCGGGACGGCGAGGACGUCGCGUUCAUCGAGGGUCUCGUAAAGAUUGGGCGGACGGCGGCGAGCUGGCACCAGCGGCUGCGGGCGCUCGUCAACCUGCAGGUCAUCUACUUCCGGCGCAUCUUCCUCACCAAGGCGCCGCAACGAGAUCUGGUCUUCGGCGCCGUGUCGGACAUGCUCGGCGACGCGCAGCUCGAGGUGCGGUCGUGCGCGUCGACGACGCUCGCGGGCAUGAUCCGGUGCUCGCCACACCAGGUGCGCGACCCGAUGAUUGCGCGGCUGAAGAAGCGAUUCGAGGAACAACUGCAGCAGAGCCCGAUGCCGCGACGUCAGCGCAACGUGGGGGGGACGGAGACGCCGGUGGACGUGCAGAAGCAGAUCACGCGGCGGCACGCGGCGGUGCUCGGGCUCGGCGCGCUCGUCGAGGCAUUCCCGUACGCGACCCCCCCGCCGGAUUGGAUGCCGGAAGUGCUCGCAACGCUGGCUCGAAAGACGGCCGGCGAUCCCGGCGUCGUGGGCAAGGCGACGAAGAGCAUCCUGAGCGAGUUCAAGAAGACGCGGCAAGACAGCUGGAUCGUGGAUCAAAAGUACUUUACGCAGGAGCAGAUCGAGGACCUAGAAGGCGUGCUGUGGAAGAGCUACUUUGCGUAA